UUACACCCACAUGAAUUAUCGACAAAGUUGCACGGCGUUGUCUUCGAAGAGAACUUGACAGACAUUUUGGAACAGAGGGACGUUAUGGAAUCAAACCCAGCACUAUUAAUUCCUGAAAACUGGGAUAACGACUAUACAACAGAUACAGAUCACAUUGCCAACUCUACCGAAAGCGAGUGCAAUAGUUCAUCGCACUCCCUUUCGUUGCGGCGAUAUCCUUCGUUGGCGGAGCUUUCUUGUAUAGCUACAAACUGUGAAGGGACUAAUGUGGUCGCUGAUGGGUCACCAGUGCAGGAGAAACAACUAAUGGCAGCGCCCACUGCCGAGGAUUGCAAAAGUCAGCUGAAUAGUGUUUGGAAUCAAGGACCUCCUGCUACUCCACCAAAGGUCGUCGGUACAGCAAAGAGCUCGACAAAUCAAACCAGUGACGAUCCACUGACUCCUACAGCUAAUCUUAAAAUGCUUGUUAGUGCUGCUAGUCCGGCAAUUCGCGAUAGGGAAAUCAAGAAAAGAGAACUGUUUCCUGGUCAAAGUUUUAACACCUUCGAGACCCUUCAUACGGCAGCUAACGCGCUCAUUUCAAAUUCAAGACAAUCUGAAGCACUCGGGAGCGACAAAACCGUAAAUCAAGACUCUAGUCAAGUCGAUUAUGGAGGGAGCAAGAUCACUAUUAGCCGCAAAGACAAGUCGCUUGGCCUUCUGUGUCAGAAGUUUCUGUCAAAAUACCCAGAGUACCCAAAGGUGGAUCAGUUUAUUGAGAUUGGGCUAGAUGAUGUGGCAAAAGACCUAAGUAAGAAAACAACUCCUUCAUUUAAUCAAAAUAAAACAAGUAGCCAGCACUGAUAGCUAACGCUAGGAAAUUACUAAAUCAUGAUUGUUGCUUGCUUGCUUGCCAGACAAUACUACCUAACAUCUGCAAUUAACAGUCUGCUGAAACUGACUCCACAAUGACAUGUCAUACAAGCUGUAAAGCCGACCAAUGGCUGCAAUCCAAUGUCUCUCUACAGUUGUAGACUCUAAACCACCUAUUAUCCAAGUUAGAAAAUGUAGCCUUAGCCUCUUCAAGAUUUCUGUCUGGAAAACACAGAUAACAAAUAUGCAACAGCAAAAAGUCACUGAAUAAUCAUAACCAUCCUAAAUAGUAAUCUGGUUAGAACAUGUAUGUAGGCUAACUGUACAGGUAUUUAAGCCAACUGUGAUUAUUGAAUGAUUAUUUGUCGCUAUUUGU